CUUUCUAUAUGUUACUUGAGGUUGAGAAGACGUAAACAACAGUCACGCCACAAGUCACGCCACCAAAAUGAAGCUAUCCAUACCAUAUAAUCGUCUUGGGUGGAUUCUUGUUUGCUUGACGUUGUUGUUGAGGAUACCAGAGAGUGAGGGAUCGGUGCCCCUAGGAGUGUCAGCCCUUGGUGUGGCAGGAGCUGCUCUGUACGCGGGCUUUGAAAAACUCCGGUGUUCCUUUUAUGAGUGUUGCGCCCCUCGGGCCCCUUGGAUUCGACCUAAUAUGACAGCUCUGAACAUUGCUCUGAUCACACGUUUGCAUGGGCAGCACUUGGUACAAGAUACAGUGACAAAAUCACUGAAGGCACAUCUUCAGAAUGAUCAACCUGCAAAAGCUCUUGUUUUAAGUUUUCACGGAUGGACUGGAGGAGGGAAGAAUUUUGUGUCAAGAUUCAUUGCAGAGAGCAUAUACAAACUGGGAAUGAAGAGUGACUAUGUUCAUGUAUUUGUUAGUACAGUCCACUUUCCUCAUGAACAACAGACGGAUAUUUAUAAGCUUCACUUACAAGACUGGAUAAGAGGAAAUGUGAGCAACUGUCAGAGGUCUUUGUUCAUCUUCGAUGAAAUUGAUAAGAUGCCAAUUGGAAUGAUUAAUGGAAUCAAGCCCUUCAUUGACUACCAUGAAAAUAUUGAUGGUGUAGACUUCAGGAGAUCAAUAUUUUUGUUCCUGAGUAAUACGGGUGGUCCAGACAUCACAAGAGCUGUGCUGAAAAUGUGGCGUGCAGGCAAAAAAAGAGAAGAAAUCACCAUGCUGGACUUAGAACCUCUGAUUGAACGUGGGGCAUUUAAUGAAGAAGGAGGGCUGCACAAAAGCGAGUUAAUCCAGCAUUCACUGGUGGACCACUACAUUCCCUUCCUCCCUCUUGAGAGACACCAUGUAGAAUUAUGCAUCCGUGAUGAAAUCAUCAGAAGAGGUCACACUCCAACCAAAGAACUAAUCCAGAAGGUGUCUAGUGAAAUGGUCUACUUCCCUCCAGAAAACCAACUGUUUUCUACUACCGGAUGCAAGAGAGUUGCUCAGAAGGUCGGCUUUGUAUUGGCUGAUGAAUUGUAUGGUGAUCUCUUCACUUGAAAGUUAUAGGUGAUUAAUUUCCUUGUUUAGAUUCUCUCUCUCUCUCUCUCUCUCUCUCUCUCUCUCUCUCUCUCUCUCUCUCUCUCUCUCUCUCUCUCUCUCUCUCUCUCUCUCUCUCUCUCUCUCUCUCUCUCUCAUAGCCUACAUAUUUCCUCUUUAAUUUUUAGUAGAAUAUCAUUGUCCUCAGUGGUUUCUAAGUAAUGUACAGAUGUAUAGAAACUUCAAUGUAUUAUUUAGUGUAUAAAAAUUUCUCUGUACAGUAGUACUAGCCUCUGGCUGGUGCAGUAGAGAGGUUACUAGUCUCUGGCUAGUACAGUGGUAAUGCGCUGGCCUGGCAUUGUUAAAGUCGACAGAUCGACUCUUGCUGUUUACUGGGAAGUUACUGCUGUGGUUGGAGCACCACAGUGGGGAGUUGGGUUCACUUGGCUGACAUUUCUGGAGAGCAUCAGAUGAAUAAUGGAACUAGAACCAAUGAACUUUUAGUUUAAAAACCAGGGGUAGUAACACAUACAGACAACCAUGAAGAUAAUAAGCCUGAAAGUACCAUAUUAGACACAUUAUGAAAAUUUGAAUAGAGAUCCAACAUAUUCUCUUAUCCCAUAUAUUCUAUAGUGUACAUGCUUUUUAAAUAUAUUUAAGCAUUAGAAUUUUUAUAUAUACGUACUUCCAAGGAGUGCUCACUUUGUUAUGUCUCUAAGUAAAAUUGUAUCAGUUAUUUCUUGUAUUGAAUUAUUGCAGCAGAAAUAUACAGUAGUUGAUUAGAAGCCAAA